UCUUGGAAGGCCGGCUCGCAGCAUUUAUUUUCGAAGAGCAAGAGGACUUUGUUUCUUUUUUUAGAAAGUACCGUAAUACAAGAGAGCACCAUGGCGAGCCUUCAGGGAAUGCCUGUAUCGGUGCUCUAUGAGCAAGUCAUCUAUCCACAGCUUCAGGCACAAGUCGGCCGCUCCUUCAAGAUUGCGCAUCUCAAGAGCGAACGAGGUCAAGCCCUCAACGGCAAACUCUGCAAGGUCACUGGAUUUGACCGCGAUCAGGAUCAAGCGCGAGUCCACUGUUGGCUCAUUAGCCAAGAAGAAAAAAAGAAAAAGCUGUCGCUCAAAUGGCAAAAUUUGAUUCCCCUCGAAGCCAAUCAAGCCUUGGAGAAUUUCAUGACCGCCUCAACACCCAUUGCCGACGACAUUUUGGUACCCUGUUUGGAACGGGCCAUUCAAAAACACGAUCAUGCCGAUCGACCCGAUCUGAUGCAUCGUCUACGCUUGUACGGGAAUUUGCUACAGAAAAUUCGACAAGGAACGGCACAAGAUGCCGAUUAUUGUUUUCCCUGUGGUGGAGGAAGCGAGUUGCUCAACAAUGCAGGGAAUUUUGGACGCGUCAUGCAACUUUCCAAGCCGGGAUGUUAUGGCAACGAGAGCAAUGAUAUGAGAUUCAUGGAUCUGGGCUUGAAGGGAGAUGAUCAGACGGAAUGUGCCAUCUGCCAAGACGUGCUCCGAAAUGAUACCUCGAUCGUCCUGGUCACACUACCGUGUCUACACGUCUUUCACAAAGGCUGCAUUCAGCAGUGGUUGAGCAGUAAUCUAGGACAGCAAAACUGGAGCUGCCCGUCGUGUCGAAAGACCGUGCCCGGGGACAUGUCCAUUUAUUGCAUCGAGUACAAUGAGCAGCUGCAGAGACGCAUCGACGAGUAUCCAUUGUCGGGAUUUUGUAUCCGGUGCAUGAUUAUGAUUAUGGAAAAUAAUCGUCAUGAGGAACUGCCGAUAGUGUGAGUGAGAUGUUGGCUUCAGAAAGAUAAUUCAGGAAAGGCAUUGUGUAAGGGACAAUCAGGUAUAUUUCAUGUGUGGAAUGACUGGAUAGUCACAACACGAAAGAGGGGCCUCACAAAAUCCAAUUGGAAACGAAUAUCCAUCACGUUCUUGCGGAUUCAAACAGCCGUCCACUCACCAGUCAUGCUACAUGUGAUUUCGUUGGUCCGGUGCGCACAUUGAAGACAUUUACACUGUUCCCGCAGA